GGCGUGAAGGAUCGAGUCGCUGAGUGGGGUCUUUCGUCCUAUUGUUUCUUACAACAUGAUGUUUGAAGCCGGAAGCGAUUGGUAAAAAUGCCAGAGGAGAUGGCAGAUGGUGGGAGAAAGCUUCUGACUCUCGACGACCUCAUCGAUGCCCUGGACAAGCGCGAGAGAGCGCCAAGCAAUGUCCCGAAGGUCGAGACAUUUCAUUUCAAAGGGGAUCGGGUAUCUGACUGGUUGGAUCUGACAGAGCAGGCGCUGGUGGGACUGUCAGAUGAGGUCAAGCUCCAGCGGGUCCUGAGGUAUGUCCUGCAUAGCCACCAUCGGGAAGUAACUAAGGUUGUGGAUGCCGCCGGUGGCAGUUGGACAAAGUUUGGGGACCUAAUGCGAAGGAAGUACAGGUUGGGGGACGGCUUGCUGACCAUGGCCGACUUGGAGGCCAUGAAUAAGGAGGACUUCUCCACCAUUGGGGCAUUCGUGCACGAGUUCAAGAAAAAGGCGAGGAAAGUGCAUGGGAUUUCUGAGGAGGCGCAGUGCGCCACAUUUUUAGGGCUGCUCACAGGCUCGGAGGCCACGGAGCUGACCAAGUACGGGAAAGGGAGCGAGAGGCUCACCUGGGCGACCAUUGACAAGGGAGUGGAAGAAGGGCGUUUAGACCAGGUGGAGCAACACCAAAUGAGGUUGCAAAGGCGCAAGAGGAAGAAGAGGGAUGCUACUGCAUCCGGGACCCCAGGGGUGAAGAGAAUUGUUACAGACGUAUUGGCAGCACUGGGGUAUGACAAUGAAGCAGAGGUACAGAAAAGGAGGGUGCUAGUGGCCCAAGGCCGGGCGUCAAGGGUAGCGGAUGAGGAGGCGGGGCAAGAAGACUACGGAGGAGGGGAGACAGGGCCGCAGGGAUGUCCAAGUGUGGCAACAGUUAGGGCGGGCCCUAGGUCAGGGAUGACCUUCAGACCCCCUACGUCGCAUGGAAGGGUACCGCAGGCCGCGCAGACUAGGGGCCAAAGUAAGGCUACCACCAGUCAAGGGCCGAGCCAGGCACCCAGUCGGGCGCCCCCUCGAAAGGACCCUGAGCCCGAGCGAAGGAAAGAAGUGGUAGAGGUUCCAGAAGAGGAAGAUGAGGGUGAUGACGAAGAGGACGAGAGACUCCGGCAGGAGGAGGACCGGAGAGAGGAACAGAGGGCCAAGAAGAGAACGGCUCAGGGAGGGGCGGAGCCGGGCCUGCAUGAUGGCGUCCUGAAGAGGAAAAAGUACGCAGUCCGGCUGGAGGAAGGCUUUGACGUGGAGCGAAUGGUGGACAAGCUCCUGGAAGGCCAUAACGAUUUGAUGAAUCUGAAGGACAUUCUGGCGUCGGCACCCAGACUCCGGGGCGAGCUAAAAGGGCGGCUUUCGCGGAGGUUAGUACCCAACGUCCACCUGAGCUCAAUUCUGCCUAGGGAGAUAAAGUGGACAGAGACGGGCACCAUGAUGGAUUGGAAAUGUGUGGCGUAUAGGUUGGUGGACUUGAAGGUGAGGGACCAGCCGAGCAUUGCAAUGGUGGACACGGGCGCGGAGAUGAAUAUCAUCCGGGAGCGGGACGCGACCAUGUUGGGGCUGGAGGUCGACCAUUCGGACCAUGGCGUGUUGCAUGGCGCCAACUGCAAGGCCAUUUUUUGCGGCACCGCGUCUAAUGUGAUGGUGGAGAUCGGGAGGGUAAGGGCACGAACGUGCUUCUUCGUCAUGCCCGAUGUCGACCACCCUAUUCUCCUGAGGAGGUCAUUCCUCUGUCGGACGGAGACCUUGAUCUUCAAUAGACAUGAAGGGACGAUGAUCCUGGCCCUAUCUGAUCUGGCCUGUGGGAAUUAUGAAAUCAUCAAGUGCCGGAACACAGGGCCUGGAAGUGGGAGGAACAGGCUCAACCUCGGCUCCUUUACCUAUGAGGAGUCUGAGUACGCGCAACGGAGGCUCCGGGAGGAGCAGGAGGAGGAAGGAGCGGGCGAAGUAUUAUCCCUGAGCCUUAAUGAUGUGAAUAAGGCAAUGGAGGUGGUGGCGGCGCAUGAUAUGGCGGACCCCAAGGCUAUAAAGGCGUUGAGGAAGCAUGUCCUGGAAAACCCUCAGGUAGGAGAAGUGGAGCUGAUCUAUCGGCUUCCUGGGAGGAGAGGGGACCCUGCGAUGGCCCAGGCCCGAACAACAAGGACACAUAGUCUGGCGGAGGAGGUGAGGACGAUAGAGGAAGGCCCAACCCAGGAAGAGGAGCAUGAGCAACUAAUGGGAGGAAUGUACUUGCUCACCAACACGCUCCUGCAGGGGAACUUUAACCAGAGGAACGCAUCGGGUUCCGAGGAGGGCGAGCUUCUUAUUCCUGAGAGUUUGGACGACGAGUUCGAGGAGGGAGAGAUCAGGGAGGCCUUCCGUGCCAAGGAGUAUGACGGGAUCUAUCGGGAAUUGGGGUUACUCCUGUCGUGUGAAAUAAGGGAUAGGGACGCUAGUGCUAAAGCCCAGAAGAUGAGGCAUCUCUAUGCAGUAAGGUCUGACUUUUCAAAGGCAGUCAUGCAGAGGGGCGGGAGGGACACACGGCCACGCCAGAGGCUCCAGAGGAUGGCGGGAGGAGGCGAGCAGCAUGGGCCGCCUAGGAGGGAGCUCACACCUGAGUUCGAUGACGACAACAUCGAGCUCUUCUUGGAGCCCGGUUAUCGAGGAGCCCGUUCCAGUGGAGUUACCGCUGGCAGUGCCAUGUACGAGCGAGAGGAUGAGGGCCGAGGUGUCAACGUCAGAAGGCCAGGAGUCGCGAGGGGGAAGAGCCCCAAGAGAAACCCGCGAAGAGAAGUCCGCCUGGACGAGAUACACGCGAAACAGGCUGAGAUGGAGGCGGCAGGGAUGGAGCCGACACUGCCAGUCGAGCCCAAGACGAGCGAGCAGAGGAUCGACGAGCUGUGGAUCAGGUAUGAGAGCCAGAGGGAUGCGGUCCGCCAGAAGUCACGAGAGGCAGGACAGGCGAGCGGGGAGACGAGUGAGCUGAGGGAGCUGGGAGACGUGGGAUUCUCUGUGGCCAGGAUGGCGAUUGAGCGCAUGGAUCGGAGGGUAUGCGAGACGGCCGUCACCUCUUUCCAGUGGUAUAACCUACUCAGCAAUGAGCUCAGGGUUAAAGAGUUGGAGGUAGAGCACCUGACUACUCAGCUUGCCGAGGAGAGGGCGAGGAGCCAGGCCAGAGAGGUUGAGUGGGAGAGGAGAUUUGGGGAGAUGGCGACCGUCGUGGAUAGGCUCUCGGUAGCCUGGGAGGCUAGCCAGACGGGGCCAGCCGGUGUCGAUAGCCAGGGCCGUGGGAUGCAGGCUUCGCCAAGCCAGGGAGUAGCAGUGGAGGUCCCUCGACAGAGUGAGCCCGUGGAGGAGGUGCCCUUGGACACGGCCGGAGAGGAGGGUGGCGCACAGGAGUCGCUUAUGGCUAUGUCCACGGAGAGGAGAGAUUCGCGCUUGCAUGAGCUGGUGGCAGCCAUGAUUAUAGGCACUCCGCAGAAGGGGCCGCAGGGAUUUGACGCUCCAGAGCAGGCCCCGAGGUUGGGAGAGUUGAGGGCGGAGUUGGGCUCUUGGGCCACGGGGACAGACUCAGGAGGGUCUGACUCGCGGCAGCAGCAGCAGCAAGAGGUCAUGAGUGAGCCCACCGCUAUGGGGGGCUCUCAGUCGUCAGGAGUAUGUACGGAUGAGGCAGUGAUGACAGAGAGGGCUCAUGAAGAGGGGUCCCGAGAGUUGGACACGCCAGAGCGUGGGCCAGGGAGUACAGUCGCACGAGGGGGUGAGGAUGCUGAGGCUAUGGGGCCCGGACCUCAGGGCCAUAUGGGAUUGCCCUCGCGUCACGAUGUCAGGCGGCCACAAGCAGUGCGCCGCCUGAGAUUCGCAGUACUGGGACUUAGGCUCAGGGACAAAUCCGUGUGUUGAUGGUAGUCUCGUACGACCAGGCAGCAAAAAUUAGGGGAACUCAGGGCACCCCUGAUUUUGGGCGCACUGAGCCUUAUGAGUAACCCUC